AACCAGUUUAAACCAAGAUCUCACCAAGGUGAAAACCCCCAGUCGCAAUUUAUCCCUCGAACCGACACAAUCUUGAGAAAUCCUACAUAAUUUCGAGAAAUUUCCAGAAACGAUGAAGCCCAUUUUUAUCCUGGUUGCUACCUUGGCCUUUGUUGGGGCAGCUCCCCAGCUACCAACCUUCCAGUUACCAGCCAUCCAGUUGCCAACCUUGCCACAGAUCGCCCCACCUGACCUGACACCUUUGGCCGCCAUUCUCACCGGCCCCUUAAACCAGCUCACCGCCACGCUACCCACCCUCACGAAUGGGUUAACGUCGCAGCUGACUUUCUUUUCGACACAGCUGUCCAUGCUCGCCACCCAGCUGUCCGUGGCGGCCAACACUCUCAGCACCGUGCUCACCAGCCUGGCCAGCUCCCUGCCCGCCCAACUUAACACAGCUCUCCAGUCUUUAGCCACUCAGCUGCAAGGCACCCUUCAAUCUCUGCAUAAACCACUUAACGACACCCUUGCAUCCCUGCAGACCCAACUGAGCCAAGCGAUUAAUAAUGGGCAAACAGCGGUGGCAAGACAACUUGAGAGCAUGAUUGCUAACCUUAACAAAAUCCAGGAUGUGUUAAACGGGUUGGCCAAUCUUCUCAAAGGUUUGGUUCCAACGCCCACGACGACGACAACGGCGGCCCCAACGAGUAGUUCAUCGGGCGCAACGAGCAGCACGGCGGCCCCCACGACCACGACGGUGGCGUCGGGUUAAAAAAAUUGAAGUGAUUUAUUUAUUUCUGAAUUUUGAAAAUUCACUAAAUUUAUGAGUUGAAAAAAAUGUAAAUGAAUGAUAACGAUAAAAUUUUAGGAUUGUCUGGCUACAAUUAUAAUUUUAUUGGUCGCAUUCAUAAAUAAAUAUAUAUAUGUAUGUUUUGACGAGAAAAUAAUAAAAUAUUCAUUGAAUAAUUGCGCAUGUA